GUUGCUUCUUUGCAAUUUCUGGCGCACAAAAACAGUUACCAUGAUUCUGUUGUUGACCUUUGUUGCAGUUUUUUUAAAUCGAUAUCUAGCAUCGUCGGAUUCCUUAUAUGUGUGUAAAGACACGAAAUACGACAUAAUCACCCACACCUGCUGUAACGGCACUGUGCAUUCUAGAUCCGGGGGCAUGGAGGAUUGUUGUAACACAUCGUCGGAUUCCUUAUAUGUGUGUAAAGACACGAAAUACGACAUAAUCACCCACACCUGCUGUAACGGCACUGUGCAUUCUAGAUCCGGGGGCAUGGAGGAUUGUUGUAACAACGUACUGUACAAAACUGAAACACAUGAAUGUGACAAUGGUGUCUUAAGGGCGAAAGGGCAGCAGUACACAACACCUGGUAAUAACUUGGUGUGUGGCGAUGAAUUGUACGAUACCUCAGAAAAGAUGUGUUGCAAUUCGACAGUGUACCCCAAAAGCGUACAAAGGCGUUGUUGUAACGGUGUCCUGUUCAACACGAGUACUCACAAGUGUUGUGGGAGUAAUGUAUGGCCAAAAUCAGCCCUAAAUGAAACAGUUACAUGCUGUGGUUCGUACCCCUACAAUCAAGAGAAAAGCGUAUGCUGCGAAAACGUUCUGUACAAUAAUAAGAAUCCAGCUUAUUACGGAUGUUGCAAGACUAAACUGAUGGCUAGAGGCGACAUGUGUUGCGGAUCAAAGGUCCAUAAGCAGUCAAACCUGACCUGCUGUGGAAACGAAACAUUUGAUCAACAGGUACAGUGGUGUGAAGAAAACAAGGAAAUACUAGGUUUAAGCGAAAUUAGAUGUGGAAAUAUCAUAUAUAACAGAGAGGAGAAGAUGUGUUGUGAAGAGACUGUGAAUCCCGGGACAAAAGAUUUCCUUUGUUGUGGUUCUAAAUCAUAUAAUCGCACGGUCAGAGAUUGCAGUCAGGGAAAUAUUGUGAAGAAGGGAAAUCUCUGGCAUCCUUCAUGUGGAGAAUAUAAUCCUAACACGCACGACUGUUGCCAAGGUCGACUGAUGAAGAAAAAUGGAACCCAUUGGUAUUGCUGUAACCGUACAAUGAUAAACUAUGACGUGGACAAUUGCUGCGGUGCUGGAAAAAUAUUUAACAAAAGAAACCAACGAUGUUGUGGAGGAAACGUAAUUGCAUUUGAGGACAAAUGCUGCAAUGGUCAACGUAUAGAUUCAAAAACCGAAUUAUGUUGCGGAAGAACAAGGUAUACGGAUGAAGAAAUAAUCCAGAAAGAGGAGCCUUUUCACGAUCAGUGUUGUCCGAACAUGGCGGGAGGAAGGUCCUAUAAUUCUGUUAAGUUUGAUUGUUUACCCAAUGACAGAGUAGUUAAAAAACAGCCAAGACGACAUUUGUGCGGGAGAAAAAAAUACAAUGAUACUACAGACCUAUGCUGUAAAAAUCGAUUUUUCAAGGGCGCAAUUAGGAGGAAUAUGAAAUGCUGCCUUCCCUCAGCUCGGGCCUACAAUCCAAAAAUACAAGCAUGUCGUUUAGGAAAACUUAAGAUAAGGAAACAGUGCCCUACUAAAUGUGAAACACAUGGGAGAAUGUUGAGGGAGUUCUGCCAAAAUAACCAUUUAGCAAAGACAAAAAAGAUUUCAAAGAAAUUUUUGAGGAGACUUUCUAAAGGUCGGGGCCCAAAAUCCUGUCAGUGCGUGUACCGGAAGAGGAAGCGCUUGGUGGGAAUUUCUUUUCAACGAAAGAAUAGAUUGGUACUGAAUUAUUUUCCUGGACAAAAACGCUUUGUAAAAAAGCAUUGUACAAUGCAUUGAACGUUGUAUACAUGUAUUUGCACAACAACAAUAUUUUUGUUUUUUUAGAAUGUGUCAUGAGUUCUUUUUUUUGCAACUGUCUGGGAUAAAAUGUGUACCUAGUAAUAUGUAAUGUGUUCACAGUAUGUAUGUGUGUAUGUAUGUAUGUGAGUAUGUGUGUGUGUGUGUGUGAGUAAGUUAUUUUAUUUAUUAUAGUGGCAUGUGUACAUAUAUUCAUACAUCCAAUUUUAUCACAAUAUACAAAUCAAUAAACACCCGGCCCGUCGGGCCUAUACGCCACUUUAAACGUUGAUAUAAUAAUAUAUAGUGCAAAUAAUUGCGCAUAAUAACAUUUUCUAUAAUUAUAUAUACAUACAUGUGUAUAAAUGUAUAAUAAGUAUAUAAUGUAUAAAUAGCUCAGUUGUUGAUUUUUCCAAAUAUAAUAGAUUGUCUAAGAGAAAAGGAGGAGUACAAGUAUUUUGCUAAUUGUCUUGGGUAGUUUGUUAUUAACAUUCGAAGAACCUCUACAUCUAACAUUUGAUCAAAUCCCGUGUUUUCAAACAAAGUUGUUCUGAGUUUAGAAUACAAUGGACAAUAGAGUAAAAAAUGAAAUUCGUCUUCCACACAAUUUAAUGAACACAAUGAGCAUAUUCUUUCAACAGCAGGUUCCCCAUAAUAUCUUCCCGUCUCUAUUCUUAAAGGUAAAAUACCACAUCUAAACUGCGACAUAAUUGACCUAAAGUAUUUUGGCAUAUCCAAUGUUACAUAAUUUUCUCGACCAAAGGUUGAUUUUAUAGACACAUAAGUUCGUAAUUUAGGUACUUUAAAUACUUCAUUUUCCCAGAUAUUUGAGUAAUAGUAAUGCAUAUUUGUUUGAAUAACAUUCAUGUCUAUUAACAAUAUUGAGUCAAAAUAACUUUCCAGUUCCAAAUUUUGCAAAAUUUCUUUCAGAGCACUACACCUAUGUAUGUGAGUAUGUACGUAUGAAUGUAAUUUAUGUAUGCCAUUUCUUUUGUCGGGUGGCCGAUGAUAUUACUGUCGACUCGGCACAAGUCAUCAUUUUGUAUUAUUCAUGUUUUAGUCAUUUUCAUAUUGGGAUGUACUACAAAUUAUUUAUCAUUAAUUAGCAGAGGAUCACACAAAGGAUGAAUCAUGAAAAGGAUACAAAUAAGAAAAACUAAAUGUUUGUUCUCAAAGGCUCUAGCAUUACAACUUGAGCUGUGAUGUGUGCGUUUGAUCUUUCGCAUACGAGAUACUACUUUACAAAAUGGUAUCGUUUCAUCACAUCACUGAAGAGACAUUAUUUGUCGAAAUGCGCAUCUGGUGCAUCAAAAUUGGUACCCUAUAAGUUUUAAAUAAAGGGCACAUAACUCUGUAUUUUCUGAUAAAAAGUACAUGUAUGUAAUUAGAAAGAAUUAGAAAUGUUAAUGCAAUUAUUUUGUAUGUUUAAGCGAUAUAUUAUAUAUAUAACACGAUUUUUUUUCUAAGAAGCACUUAUUUGUAAUCAAUUCCAACUGUUAUUGUAUGAUCCCUCGGUGGACUGCCACUUAAGAACCGAUGAAGGCCAGUAAAACAAGACUGUUUAUCUUCUUAGAUAGGUAUUCAAGUUAUUGAUGCUUGUACAGUAAUGUUUAUAAGAUAUUAUAUGAGAUUUAUCACAGUUCGUUAUCUUCACUUUUUCAUAAGGGAAUCGGACACUUGGCUUGCGAAGAUGUUUUUCAUACAGAAAAAAAAAAAAAAAAAAAAAACUGCCCCCGUUUCUUGCAAAUGAAAUUGUGAAAAAAAAAUUUGGGGGGCAAUUUUAAAAACGGGACGAAAUUAUAUGCCAUUGUUUGGGCAAAAUAGUAUGAAGGAGAAAAACCCACAGAAAAUGAAAACAAUAAUAAUAAUAAUAAUUGCACAUACAUAUCUACAGAUAUAAUUUAUUAUAUAAUUGCUUUAUGAAAGCAAAUAAUAUUUUACUUUCAUACCUUUGCGUUUCAUUUCUUGAACAUUAUCAUAUGGAAUCAGUUGUCAUAUAGGAGAGGGCGUUCUAAGUUUUAAGAACCCGUGCUCAAUCCUUUUGUUAUAGCAUCUAGACAAUAGAAUAGUUUCAACUCAAAUCAUCUGUUACCUCUGUUUGUUUAUAAUGCAAUGUAUUAUAAAAUAUGUCUAUAUGCAUGGGAAUAUUGUCAUGAAUAUAAGAAAUAAGGAUAUGAAAAAACAUUACAAAUAUAGACGUCAGCUUUAUGAAGAUGUCUCAUACCACAAUGUCUGCAAUGGACGAGUUAGAAAAUGAAGACAAGGCUCUAUAUUCCAGUGCAGAAUAUACAGAUUCCUUGAAAAAUUGAAUUUCAUUCUGUAAAAUAUUUUUGUUUAAUUUUCCAUUGACUGUUGUACACUAUAUAUACAGCAUUCUGAAAUAUGAAAUAUUCUUAUUCUGUUGCAACUGUUUUGAUUGUUUGUUUUCAAGAUAUGUACAAAUGUACUAGUACGUUUCACGUAUGGCUUUUCUCUUAUACUUUGUUGAAGUUGGAUUUUUGUUAAGAUACAAAACUCAAUAAAAUUCUAUUUUUUUCA